AUGUCUUUGUUCCUCUGGGUCUUCACUCGGUGGCCCUCUUCAGCCCUCUUCCUGCUGCUUCUCAGUGUCGCGGGCAGACAGACGGGGCUGGAGGUGGUUCAGGCGACAGUGUGCUCACGGUGGGGUGCAACCAGAGACAAGAGCCUCUCUCAGGAUGGAGAUGUGAUUAUCGGUGGACUUUUUAAUCUGUAUUACAAGCCUUCAGCUAUAGAACAGGGUUACACCAAGCUGCCGAGUUAUGAACCUUGCACUGGUUUAGAUCUAGAGGCAUUAAAAUAUACAUAUGCUAUGGUCUUUGCCUUGGAGGAAAUCAAUCGUAACAGCACCCUGCUACCAGGAGUGAAGCUGGGCUAUCGUAUACUUGACAGCUGUGGCAGAUACCCCUGGUCUCUGCAAGGUGCACUGUCAAUGGUUGGAGGAGAGACAAAACACUGUAAUUUAACAGCUUCUAUCCCUCGAUCUGCAGCCUACAAAAAAACAGUAGCGCUUGUUCCAUUGCUCAUUUGUGCAGCCUCAUCUACAACAGGCAUAAUUAUGUCUCAGAUCCUGGGGCCUCUCUCUAUCAGCUACUUGGCUAGCUGCCCCUGUCUUAGUGACAGGACAAAGUUUCCUAACUUCUUCAGAACAAUCCCCAGUGAUAUUUACCAAGCCCGGGCCAUGGCACAACUGGCCAUACGCUUCAACUGGACAUGGAUGGGAGCAGUCAUAAUAAACACGGAUUAUGGUCAAUUGGCACUAAAGGUUUUUCAGGAGGAGAUUCAUGGGAAAGGAGUAUGUUUGGAAUUUGUAGAGACUGUUCACAGGGAAACUAUAGUGAGUGAUGCCAGACGUGCAGCUCUAAAAAUUAAAGCUUCAACUGCAACAGUGAUUCUGAUCUUUUGCUGGUAUACAGAUGUAAAGAGGUUAUUUCUGGAACUGGCCAAUAUACAUGUGAAAGACAGACAGUUUCUGGCCAGUGAGUCUUGGAGCACCAGUGAUGAUCUUCUUCAGGAUCUUGCCAUCUCAAAAGUGGCAAGUGGUGUUCUUGGUGUGGCUAUUCGAAGUUCAGCAAUACCUGGAUUUGAAACUUUUCUCAGGAGUCUGAACCCAAGUCAUCGUCCUGAUGAUGAAUUCUUCAGAGAAUUCUGGCAAAAGGAGUUUGGAUGCACUCCUGGAGCUGAACAAUCACAAGAAACACACAAAGAGGCCCUUCUGAAAGCUUCUCUACCAGCCUGCAGUGGGACAGAGUCCCUGGAGGGAGUGCAGCAUCCCUUCACUGACACCUCUCAGCUAAGGGUGGCACAUAAUGUGUACCUGGCUGUUUAUGCUGCAGCCCACGCCCUCCACAGCCUUCUCUCCUGCCCCAACAGAGACAGCCCUCCUGGAAACAACAGCUCCACCUGUUCUUCUCCAAAACACAUCAAACCCAGGGAGCUGUUGGCACAGUUGAACAAAGUGAACGUCACCACACCACAAGGAGAAAUGUUUUAUUUCCAAGGUGCCGACAUUCCGGCAAAGUACGACCUUGUCAACUGGCAGAACACCCCUGAAGGAUCACUUAAACUUGUUUUGAUCGGUCAUGUGGACGGGUUUGACCUCCACCUUAAUGAGUCAGCUAUUCAGUGGAGCACAGGAUCCAAUCAGGUUCCUGUUUCAGUGUGCAGUGAGAGCUGCCCCCCAGGUACCAGAAAGGCCAACAGGAAAGGAGAACCUCUCUGCUGCUUUGACUGUAUCCCAUGUGCUGAAGGGGAGAUUAGCAAUAAAACUGGUUCUCUUCAAUGUGAGCGUUGUCCAUCUGAGUUCUGGUCCAAUUCUGAACAAACAGCCUGUGUCCCUCGUCAGCUGGAUUUUCUUGCCUUUAAUGAAACAUUGGGCAUCACUCUGACCACUGCAGCUGUGUCUGGUGCUGCAGUGACGACAGCUGUGUUUGUAGUAUUUAUCUUAUACCACAAAACACCUAUGGUGCGAGCCAACAAUUCGGAACUGAGCUUCCUGCUUCUUCUGUCUCUGAAGCUUUGCUUCCUUUGCUCACUGGUCUUCAUCGGUCGUCCAUCAGUCUGGUCCUGUCGGUUCCAGCAGGCAGCCUUUGGGAUCAGCUUUGUACUUUGUGUUUCCUGCCUCCUGGUCAAAACCCUCGUAGUUCUUGCUGUUUUCCGCUCAGCUCGGCCUGGUGCUGAAACUUUGAUGAAGUGGUUUGGUCCGGGCCAACAGAGAGGAAGUGUCGGCCUCUUUACUUCUGUACAAGUUAUCAUCUGUGCCAUAUGGCUGUCCCUCAGCCCCCCAGAGCCUCGACGUGAUCUCGGUUUUCACGGGUCAAAGGUCACCCUGGAGUGUUCCAUGGCCUCUGUGGUGGGCUUCUCUCUGGUUCUGGGCUACAUCGGCCUGCUGGCCUGCACCUGCCUCCUCUUGGCCUUUCUGGCUCGAAACCUCCCUGACAACUUCAAUGAGGCCAAACUGAUCACCUUCAGCAUGCUGAUAUUCUGUGCUGUCUGGGUGGCCUUUGUCCCUGCUUACGUUAGCUCUCCUGGGAAGUAUGUUGUUGCUGUGGAGGUUUUUGCAAUCCUGGCCUCCAGCUAUGGUUUACUGAUCUGUGUUUUUGCCCCCAAAUGUUUCAUCAUUCUUUUGAGGCCUGAGAAAAACACUAAGAAAUACAUGAUGGCCAGAUAAUCUUUUUUUAGCAUGAAUGUGAUCUUUUCAGCUGUACAUUUUCCCUGGCCGGCAUCAUACAUGUGUUUAUGAAUCUGUCGAUUGUUUUUCAUCAAAAUAAUGUCUAUUUUCAAUGUACUCAGCUGUAGAAAUGAAUAAAUAGUUAAUAAAUAUUUUUCUUAAGAAUUCCUGAAGAAUUCAUCACCAUGAAAUGAAUCAAUUUAAAUUAAAGCUGUAGUCUCUAACUUUUUGGUUAUAUUUGCUAAAACUGUCAUUAUGAUCUGACAGAAGAAUAAGAUACAGGUCAGCUGUGUAAAAUUACACUGUCUGUGGGUCCACCUAGUGUCUGCAAUUUGAUUUGCAAGAAUCCACCACUCCCACCUCAAUACAACCAAUCAAUGCCAAGGGGAGUGUCUGAGAAGUGUCAAUCCUUCUCAUGCAUAAGCUGCUGGCAGGCCCCCUCCUUGCUGCU